GUGGCCACGUGGUUAGCAGCGGCCGGGAAUCGAACUCUGGAAAUCUGUGACACAACAAGGCGCGUGUCACGUGUGAUUGUCACGUGGGGGCUCUCUCUCUCUCAACGCGAGACCGCCAGGAUGCCUGAGUUCUUUGGUCAGUGAGAGGCGCCGUGGCUGCCAGCACCGCGGGUGGAUGCUCGUGACAGCCCACUGAGAGGACGCAUUCUCCCCACGCAAGCAUGCCCUUCUUCCUCUUCUUCAAAUGAAGACACGUCGGCGCGUGACAACGACCACGCCGAGGCGAGUUCGUGUUCCGCGUUCCGCGAGCGGCUGAGCGAGGUCUGCGAGGCGUUGCGAGCCCGGCGCUGGGGUUCGAACCGGUUCAAUCGAGAUGGCCUCCGACUACGAGGCCGCCGAACACGACAGGCAAGCGGAGGUCUCCUCGCCCGUCCCAUCCGAGUCCUGCAGCUACACGAAGCUCUCGGACAGGGCGGACGUCUUGCCCCUGCGCGACGGUUUGUACAACGGCAAGGUGGUGCUGAUGGCGAGCGCGGCGCUCCUGUGCUGGUCGGCAGAGUUUGACCUCGCCUCGUGCCAGCAGGAGCUGUGUUCGCGCGGAGUCCAGGUCCCAAAUGAGGAGUUUAUCCAGGCAAUGUCUGGUGUCCUUCAAGAUUCCGAGAUAAUACGAUAUGCCUUCCUCGUAUCCAAGGCAUUCGGAAUUGCUAUGGCCAUGGUGCUGUUCUGUGCAUUCUGGGGAGACUUCUUUUCCUCCUUCUGGCACUUCCUGCCUCAGCUCAGCUGGGUGUUCGCGCUGCUCAUCAGCCUCCUGAUAGCGGUGGUUAUAAUCGGAGCCGUCGUGUGGGUUUUCGAUAGGCGGGGCAGAGAGAUGAACAUCAACACAGACAUGCGUUUGGCUGCGCUCAACGAAAGGCUCAUGAAGUACAACUUGGUGGUCGGCCUCACCGACUCCGUGUACAUGUGCCGCAGCAAGCUUGACCUCAAUUUUGUGUACUUUGACACCGCCGACUGUUUGGGAACGCUUGCCGAACGUUUCCAGCCGACAAGAAAUGCACAACGGCGAGAAAGUCUUGACCAUCUGAGCAUUCUGUUAGAAGAGGAGGAGGAGCCCAGGAGGCCAGCGGGUGACUCGGAAGAGGCCCCGUUGCUGCCCUCUGGUGAUGGCUCGGCGCCUAAGAAAGGGAAGACCAUCACCACUGUGAGGCACUUCACACCGUGGGGCAGCCCCGAGCAAGUGGCAGAGCAGCUCCUGGUGACGUACAGCGCUGCUUACGUGAAGUUGCUGGCGAAGGGGCUUCUGUACCGGCCGCAGCUCUUCCUUCAUGCGCACGACGUGCCCUGCCUUUGCCAGUACAUCCAGCACAGGGUGCUACACUGCCCAGCGUAGCGACGCGUCUAAACCACAAAGACGGUGCUUCGGACACAAACAAGCCAAGCAGCCAGGAGGCCGCUGUGCCUUAUAAUCUUCUGCUCCGGCUGCCUCCCUCAGGCCCGACGCUCGGUUAAAGAGUGAAGCUCUUCGCUCAACGGUGCUCUGCAUGACGACUGCGAUUAUACACAGACACGCAUGCGGCAGCUUGCGCGGGUCACGGCUUUACCCGCACGGCCAGAUGUCAAGCACAGCUUGCCGCGGAGCACUGCAUAAGCGUGGCAUGGUUGCAGUAUUGUGAUGUCAGCAAGUCUGCACUCUCCAAUUUGGAGGCAGCUUUACAGCCAGAUGAUGAUGGAAGAUGGCUGCUGCUCCAGUGUCUGUUUCAUGAACUGGCUGUUAUCACGGUAAAGGUCUGAAUUCAUGGUUUGGAAGCACUUCCUGUUUAGAUGGUUUUGACUUAUUUAGGUCCUUUUUACAACUUGUGACUUGUUGCAGUAAUGUUUUUAUUGAGCUGUCCGAGGUGCUUUUCGGGUCGUGCCGCGUGUUGUUAAGCGCGAUGUCUGACGCUUUGAUCCACGUGCGGGGAGCUUCUUCAGGAACUGUACUUUCAAAUCUCCCAGCACGUGGAGCGAAACGUCGGACACAAUGCCAAACAAGCCAUGACAGAAGCUGAAAACAUCGGAAAACUACUCUGCACAACUGCAGAAACCUACGCAGUGGUUGUUUAUUUGAUCCCUCUGUUUAAGUUGUAGUUUUUGUGGCACUCACCUAAAUUUAACUUGUAAUUUGGCUCGUUGCUUUUAUUGAACUACUUUCAGUUGUAUUUUCACAACACAAUUUGCACAGUUUUAGUUUUUAUUUACUCGUCUGCAUUUUGUUCGGUUCAGUUGGCGCGCACCCCAUUGUUAAAUGCAGUAAGUGAAAAUAUAGAGCGCUUAAUAGUACAUUUACCAACCCUUUUCUUUCCACAGCCUCACACCUACCACUCAACACGCGGAGCCCAACCGCUAGAACGAUCACUCCAGCACCACUUUGCAGGACUCAAUCACCCAAAAAGUGCUUUUCUAAAGAUUGGGUUUUGAUGCGAGUCUCAAAGCCGUGUGAAGGUGACUCAGCGUCUUACUUGACGUUCACACACCAGAGCCCUUUACAAACAAUCGACACCUUUUGGUUGACUGAAGCAUACGUAGGUGGGCAUGAAGUGGGGGCCGCAUUUUAACUACAGUUUUAUGUUAGAAUGUUGCCGCAUGUUUAAUUUAAUCGCUCCAUGGAUGUCGUCCGCAUGGAGCUGGCGUUUCACUAACGAUUGUAUUGAGCAGAUUUUAACGCCACUAAUUCCACGUGACCCUGUGAUGCAAUGUUGUGUUUCAUUUGAAGUCCAUUUCAAAAUUUUGUGUUGGAACGAUUUAACCCAGGAAGUGAGGAAGUGAGGAAUUGAGCUGCUGGGGCCCAAGCACUCGGCUCUCUCAUUGCUGCUGUGCACGCAUUUAUACAAGUGUUGCAUUAAACCUAAUAAUAAUUUACUUUAACUAACAAGAUGUUUCUCGGACAGUUUUACAAUAUUUAUAAUAAUCAAGAGUAGCCUAUGCACUGCGUAUAUACCAGCUUGUGCUUCUUUCGAAAUAUGCCAGUUUUAUUUAUAUUGGUAUUGUACCAGUGUGUGUUCUUUUUUAAGUACUGUCAUUUGCCAGCAUUUGUACAUUUUAAAUGUAACCAAAUAAGGCAUGUCUAUAAAAUGCUAUACAGGGACUCGUCGACUUACAAAUGAGUUAGAAUCCAGAGGUGUGUUCGUAAGUCGAUUUGUUCGUAAUUCCAACUUUACUCCUGCAGAUUCCAAACGUGUUGUUGGGUGGGUUUAUUUGAGCUCAUCUCACUUACAUGUUGGCUCUUCGCGGAGUGGUUUGCAUUGGCCAUUGAGACGCCUUCACUCUCAGUGCUUCUCUUUGGGGCAGUGGCACUGAAUACAGAACCCAUAUUUUUAUUCCGUUUAAAUCGAUAUUUUUUUAAGUGCGGAAUUCUCGCUGACAGGAGGUUCUGAUCCUGUCUGAAUCGAUCCUAAAUGAAAAUGAAUGUAAGAAAUUUACUUUAGUUGUUACUUGACUUUUAAAUGUUCCCCAGCCCCCCACCCAAUUUGAAAAAUAAAUGUAUUUUUUAAAGAUUUUUUUUAGGUGGGGCAUUGCCCCCAAUGCACCUUACAAACCAGGUGUCACUCGUGCCGCUUGCAUUCAACAUUUCUUGGUGGCUUAAAUGCCUUGAGGAAAAAAAGUGUUACCGUGCUGGAUUUUUGCACGUUAAAAAGUGAUGUUUACUUUUAUUGAAGGUUGUCUAAUCGAGGGGACAUAAACAAAAUAUGUAAGGGGACCCAGACACUUGUGCAUGAUGUGAGAUUAAAGAGAGUGGGAUGUGUGGGUGCCAUUAUGCAGACCAUAAGUCUACAGGCUGUUGUGUGAUUUAAUGUCCCUCUUGUUAACCCAUCUAUGUGGGUCUUUGUGUAUUAUCCCCUCUUAUGCAUGUGUUUUGUCUGGAUACUCUAGAUUCCUCCCCCAUGAGAAAAACAAUAAUGGAAUCGGCCAAAUAUCCAAAGGCGCAAGAGCCUUCUAAUAAAGUGGGUUUUUUUUUUACUCAGAGGAGCUUUCCUGGAUAAAUAAAUGACAUUGAUAUUCAUGGGGUGGAGCGGUGGAGUGGUGGUUUGUGCGCAGCGCUAUGAACCAAGUGCCAUGAGUUUCAUUCCCAGCCAACGUAAGAUUAGUGAUAUUUGAACUGUUCCUGGGUCCCUGUUAACCAACCCGUACUGACCUGCUUGGUGAUGUAUUGUCAAUCAAAACCUAUGGUCAAUACAGUAUUGGGAGGCCUUCAUCCAGCAGUGGUUUGACAAAGGGCUGAAAUGUGUUAUUUAUAGGCUGUACAUUUCACGUCAAUACUUGUAUCCUCUAUAUUCAGGGGCCGCAGUACCUGGGCGGAAACAAUAUAUUUUGGGCACCUUCCAAGGUUCAAAUACUGUAUAUGCUCCGUUGUUAUCUCUAGACCUUCACCAACUUUGGCAACGUUGAUGCAUUGAUGAUUGUAUUCACAUGUAUACACAGAUUCUUGAUUAUGAAUUGCACCUGUUUGCACCGCGGCUGUGUUGCAGUGAGAGGGGUCUGCACCCUUGUAAGUGUGUCUCAGUUUACUGGUGCUGGAGUGUCCGCAUGCCUGGACACCAGCACAGUUGGUAUUCUGCACUACUGAUGUAUUAUUAUUUUUAUAGCGUAUCGACAUUUUAAUUCUUUUUAUAUGAGUCUUGUUUUGUGUCAGCACAGUCAAUGGUAUUCAUGAUCUGUACAUGUUGCUGAAUGUGUAUGGACCAAUACAGAAAUGUGGUUUUAGUCUUUCACCACGAGUCACAGAUUUAUCAUGAGUAAAUACAAUGAUGCUGAAGUUAACAGUUUUGGCUUUAUUGCUGAGAAGCAAAGUCGGCUAUUUCGAAUAGCAUUGUUCAAUAAUCAACAGUGCAUGAUAUGGGCUGAAUAGACCUGAGCCUACUAUUUACUUCGGUAACAUAAUUGCUCCAGCUGUAAUGUUGAAAUCGAGAAUAUGCCAAUGUAUGCAGUGCAUAGGAUCACCAAAACCCUUGUCAUUUGAUUGUACUGUAUUCCUCAAAUGACUUCCACUGUAUUAUAAUUGUGUUGAGGAACGUAAUAUAAAUCGUUUUCAGGCUGCCAAUUACACAGUUCCAGAGCUUGUAAAGUACUUAAAAGUUUUCAUAAAUUAUCCGUGAUGUGUCUACAGAUGUUGUUUCCAAAAUGUAAACAGAAAUCCCCUACAGGGUGCAAUCUGGGCUACCAUGGCCGAUGUAAAAUUCUCGUGAAACGCCUGUAACCCGUGACUAUAUUAUACACAACUUACAUUACCCACAGCCCCUAAAGAGUCACAGGAGUUGUGGGGCAAGUGUAAUUGCGGGUAAGAGGAGCACCGGAAACGGGUCACCCAUGGAAAGUGUAUGCUAUUGUCCACAUUUAUCUGUGAGUGACCAUACGGAUAAGAGGAGUUCUCUAUUUUUGUGGAUAAUUUACAGCCUUAAUAAACAGAUGGGUGAAGGACUCAUAUACUUCACAACGCUGGUCAGUGUGGGUUGGUGAUUGAGGGCCCAGGAAUGGUUCAGAUAUCACUCGCCACUGAUGUUAGCCGUGGCCAGAAAUCAAACUUGGGUCGCCGAGUUCGUUAGUCCAGUGGGUGGGCCACUGAUAAUGGGAUCUCCCAGUAGCACCAUCCACAUCAGUGCGGAUAAGGGGAGUUUCAGCAUUAGCAAGUUUUUGCGAUUACGUUGUGUUGUUUGUAGUCAUAUCCUUUCUUCAUUCACAUGAAUUCAGACUGGUGGUUUCAACAACAUGCAAAUAUUGCACUGUGAUUACAAAUAUGCGCCUUGGUAUAUUAUACAAUUGUUUAAGUAUUUUAAAUUAUGUACAUUUUAAUAGAUUGCUGCCAAAAGAAAUGGUUUAUUAAAGAAAUAUUGCAAUUUUAAA